AUGGAGGACGCCACAGCCAUCUCACAAGGGAAUAUGGUCAUCGAAAAAGUACUGGGAUUAACUUGCCAUUGGUAUGAUGUGAAAACUUGCAAAUAUAAACGAAACCUGAUGUCACGUCUACUGGUGUUCUCUGUUAAUUUGGGUGGUAUGAUUUUAAUCAUUAUCAUACUUGCGGAUUACAUGAAAGAAUUUAAACAUUCUCCAAAUGUACAUCCUCUAAUGAAAUUUGUGACUUCCACCAACUUUCAAAUCCGAAUCAUACUGGUGGCCUUCACCCUGGGUCACAUUUUGCAACAUGAUGCAGCCAUAGCAAAAUUAAAAAUGCAAUUGGAGGCCUUAGAACAGAGAUGUCAAACAAUUAUUAAGCUCAGUCUGCAAACGAAGGUCAGAUUCAAACGUUUGUAUUAUCUAAAGUGUUUUUUGGUCAGCUACAUUUACAUGGCCAUUUUUGGAGUAGGCCUAGUUGCCUUGCCUAAUGACAUAGAUUUAAGGAAAAUUCUCGUUGUCAUUGUGUAUGGCAAUACCAUGAGCCAAUGGUGUAUGAUAUUAUUUCAGUAUUUUCAAUUGCUAUGGAAAAUAUGCUGUCUACUCUACCAAAUGGAGGAGUAUUUGAGUGAUGUGGCCAAGGGAUAUGAUGAUACAUGCAGAAAUCAUACAAGCGAAAAGCAGGCUUGCACUAAGUUAUCUUGGUUAUUGGUGACACAUUCGCAACUGUGUCGGUUACUACAGGAACUUGAACGUAAUUUCAAAUGGCAAUUGCUCAUAUCCCGUUGGGCCAAUAUAACCACUAAUAGCAUUACCCUUUACUUUGCCUUUGCUUUUCAUAAAACUCUUUAUGACUCGGUGGGAAUUCUGUAUUCGGGAGGCCUUACUUAUUUAAUGCUUAUCUGUGACUUGUAUUUGAAUGAUUAUUUGUGUGAUAUGACAGCUCAGAGUUUUGAUGAUCUCGAAAUGGCUUUGAAGGUUUUCAAUAACAUCAAUUAUCAGGGAAAAAUGCUGGAUCAAGAGUGUGAAGAGUUCUCGUUCUAUGUCUGUAAUCGAAAACUGAAUUUAAAAUUAGCUGGGGCCUUAAAUUUGAAUCGCCAAUCUUGGUUUUCUAUGAUGUCUGCUUUAGUCAUGAAUGCCAUUGUCUUAAUACAAAGUCAUCUGAGAACUUCGUUUGACGAAUAA